AUGGGUGUGACAGUAGGUGAGGGUGACUUUGCUGCAGGAAACUGUUUCUCAGAUUGUUCAUUUUCCAUCAGCUGCGGUGGAUCAGCUGAUAAGACGGGGAAAGGCUCGUCUGGACACGAUAUUCUGUUUGACUCAACAACUCACUUGGUGAAGAAGUUUGUCCUACAUACCAACUACCCUGGACAUUACAACUUCAACAUAUAUCAUCGAUGUGACUUUAAGAUUCCACUUGUCAUCAAAAAAGGAGCUGAUUCUCAGACGGAGGACUGUGUACUCACCACGUACAACAAGUGGGAUCAGAUUCAGGAACUGCUCGGCCACCCGAUGGAAAAGCCCGUCGUGCUGCACAGGUCCUCGUCAGCCAAUAACACCAACCCGUUUGGCUCCACGUUCUGCUUUCGGACUGCAGAGGAUGAUCUUUGAGGUGAUGCAGAACAACCACAUAGCGUCAGUGACCCUGUACGGCGCUGCCCGGACCACCGCGCAGGCCCGGCCCGAGUCCAGCAGCAGCUCCCACUGAAGCAAGUAACCACGUCCCGUCAAAUCAACACCUACAUCCAGCUCCUCUGACGACUGAAUUUUAACCCAGAGCCAGAUUCUUACCAGUGCAGACCUAACCGAACAAAGUCCUGCUAGUCUAGGCCAGACGCUUCACAACGAGCAGAAAACUGUUCAAUCAAACCUGACAUUUAUCAGCUUUUCACAUGGGGGUACGAAGCCUCGGUUAGGUCCACUCAGGCCCGCUCCGCCGGCGCAGGCCGACUCUUCCAAGACCCGACAAGACAUCCAGGAACACGGUUGCAUCGCUGGAGCUUUGAGCAUGAAGCAAGCGUUGAAGUGAAGGCUGCCAUAUCUGCUUUCUAGUGUGACUGCAAUCACCCAUUCAUCCGCAGAGGCAGGAUCGGAGCUCCGCUGCCUCCAAUUAUCCGAUUAUCAGCUUAAAUUAAAGGCAGUUGGACUUGACAGUGACCCGUACAGUUACCCAAGAACCAGUGGUCCAUGAUGCACCGAAUGUUCCGUAACCGAAAUUGUUCGGCCGAAAAUAGCAACAAAAAAAAAAACCCUUUCGGUGUUCGGUGGAAUAAGUGGGGGGAAAAAACCGAACAAUUACCGUAUUUUCCCGCACCAUAAGGCGCAUCGUAUUAUAAGGCGCACCUUCAAUAAAUGGCCCUCAUUUAAAACAGCCUUCCAUAUAUAAGGCGCACUAAAUACAGGAGUGUUCUCAGAAAAUUAGAAUAUUGUGAUUUUCUGUAAUGCAAUUACAAAAACAAAAAUGUCAUACAUUCUGGAUUCAUUACAAAUCAAAUACAAAUCUUUCUGACACUCAGUCUUUCAAGAAGAGAGCCGAUUACACGUGGGGUUCUUGCAGAACGUAACAAGUCCAACCCAAAUCUCCCCAAUGGCAAAACUAUCCAACUACUAUCACCACCUCUCCUGAUUAUCUCCUCACCUCACUUCCCGUGGAAUCUGAAAACACACACAAGAGCAAGAGAACAGCGAUCGACCCGGCGGCCUCUGCCUGCCCCUCUGGACGGCGCCUGCCCCUCUGGACGGUGGCGCGGCGGCCUCCGCCUGCACUUCUGGACAGCGUCGGCCUCUCGGGCGUGUGCCUGAACGCACCGUGAAGCAUCUGCAUGCGUCUGCCCCUGGACUUCUGCAUGACUCUCCUGAACCAGAACAAGCACCAGCCUGAUUUGUUGGUGUGGUGAUUUGUUCCUGCACGUUUCCAGGAGGGACGGACCGGCCGGCGAGCUCUUUUUCUCUUCCCGCCCCGCUUCACCCACAACACACACUGUGGAAAAAACCAUUCUCAUUGUGUGCUCAUCUUUUUCAGUCCAUUUUUUACAUUUGCACUAAAAACACACCUUUGUACUUGAUUGUGCCCCACAUAGACAUAUAUACGUAGACGCCCCAUCGAGUGCUGAGCCGUACGUCAACGUCGCCGCCAUAUUGGAUGUUCAAGACUGCGCUGGUGCCUAACUGUUUCCCAAGUUUAUUAGUGCGUGUGUGAAUGAAUAAAUGAGACAUAAAACGUACAUUUCUUUGUAGAAAGGCGCUUUAUGAAAAUAAGUCCAUUUACUUGUAUUAGUUUACAGCGCAGUCUUGAACAUCCAAUAUGGCGGCGACGUUGACGUAUCGCAGCAGCUCCACGGGGCGUCUGCGUUUUUACGUCUAUGGUGCCCCGUCCCUGAUGCGUCUAGGGAUUUUGGAGAUGACGUUUAAGCGCGUGCGUGAAUGUGUUUUACACCGUAGUUUCAGACGGCUUCAGGAUGUUUGCAGCCAUGUUUCCUCAGCCCUUUCUUCUUCUCCUCCUUCUUUUCUGCCUCUCAUUGAUGAACUUUGUGUCCGUGUUGAAUUGCCAAACGCUUUAGCCAAAGAUGUUUAGGGAUGUAGUGAUUUAGUCUGCUGACUAGGAAUGGGCGAUACUUUACAGUUCAUGAUGUACCGUCAAAAAAUUUCCCCACUGUAAGAAUUUGUCAUCUUGCGGUAAAAAUGAUAAAUUCCCGUUAAUUACGUUUUUGUGUAAAACUGAUUCAUGGUUCUGUGUUAAAUCCACACACAACGUACGUGAAGGAAGGAAGA